CGCCGAAGGUGCCCCCGGCGAUCACGACGGUGGGCAGCGCCGCCGUGCUGGCCGGAGCCAUGAAAACGUCCGUCCCGGGGACGAGCAUGCCGACGGGCACAGUGAGCGGGAACGUCAUUGUGAACACCAUCGCAGGGGUCCCUGCCGCCACCUUCCAGUCCAUCAACAAGCGCCUUGCUUCGCCCGUGGCGCCGGGAGCCUUGACCACCUCUGGAGGCUCUGCUCCUGCCCAGGUGGUCCACACCCAGCCUCGCGCGGUCGGCUCGCCGGCCACGGCCACGUCCGACCUCGUGUCCCUGGCACCGACCCAGGGCGUUCGCGCGGUUACCUCCGUGACAGCCUCAGCCGUGGUCACUACCAGCCUGACCCCAGUGCAGACUCCGACCCGGUCUUUGGUGACUCAGGUGUCCCAAGCCACAGGGGUGCAGCUGCCCGGGAAGGCCAUCACGCCCGCACACUUCCAGCUGCUCCGGCAGCAGCCGCCGCCUCCGCCGCCGCCGCCCUCUCAGGUGCAGGUUCCGCAGAUCCAGGGCCAGGCCCCGUCGCCGGCACAGAUCAAGGCUGUCGGCAAGCUGACCCCGGAACAUCUGAUCAAAAUGCAGAAGCAGAAACUGCAGCUGCCCCAGCAGGCCCCCCCACCGCAGGCCCCGCCAGGGCCCCCACAGCCCGCUACACAAGUGCAAGUGCAGGCCCCGCCACCCACGCCGCAGCAGAGCCCCCAGCUGGCCACGGUCACGGCCCCGCGGCCCGGAGCCCUGCUCACGGGCACCACCGUGGCCAACCUCCAGGUGGCCCGGCUCACCCGGGUUCCCCCUUCGCAGCUGCAGGCGCAAGGGCAGAUGCAGGCUCAGGCGCCCCAGCCCGCUCAGGUGGCGCUGGCAAAGCCUCCCGUCGUGUCUGUGCCCGCGGCCGUGGUCUCCUCGCCAGGUGUGACGACCCUGCCCAUGAAUGUCGCCGGGAUCAGCGUGGCCAUCGGGCAGCCGCAGAAAGCCGCAGGACAGACCGUCGUGGCCCAGCCCGUGCACGUCCAGCAGCUGCUGAAGCUCAAGCAGCAAGCUGUGCAGCAGCAGAAGGCCAUCCAGCCACAGGCUGCCCCGGGCCCAGCGGCCGUCCAGCAGAAGAUCGCCGCCCAGCAGAUGGCUGCUCAGGGCCAAGCGCAGAAGGUCACGUAUGCUGCCCCGCCAGCCCUGAAAACCCAGUUCCUCACCACACCCAUCUCCCAGGCCCAGAAACUGGCUGGGACCCAGCAGGUGCAGACCCAGAUCCAGGUGAGCGUGAGUGAGCACAAGGUGGCUCGCAGGACAACAGGUGCCCAGGAAAGAGAGUGGUCAGCGUAG